AAUUGUCAAUAAUAGCACCUUUUGAAGUUUUCCUCCCCAAACUAGCACUCAGGAUCAGAAAUCACAAAAAUAGGUUUCAUUAAAGAUGUAAUUUACCUUGAUACCCUUUGUUAUAAGAAUAAAAAAAAAAAACAUUUCAUUUCAUUCGAUCGCGAAUCGUGUCGUCUCCUCUCGGGAAUCUUCAAACCCUCACCGGCACUGCCGUCUCCGACUCGGGAAUCGUCGUCUCCGGCUCGGGAAUCAUCUUCUCCGACUCGGGAAUCGUCGUCUCCGGCUCGGGAAUCAUCUUCUCCGACUCGGGAAUCGAAGUCUCCGGCUCGGGAAUCAUUUUCUCCGGCUCGCUAAUCAUCUUCUCCGGCUCGCUAAUUGUCUUCUCCGGCUCGCUAAUCAUCUUCUCCGGCUCGAUAAUCAUCAGCGUCACACUCUCUACUCUCAAAAUCGGUAACUUUUUAAAAUUAGGGUUUUUGAAUUAAAAUUUGGGAAACUUGCGUUUUGAUUUUGAUUUGUUUGUUACUCGUUCUUAUUAACAAGCGAAGCAAAUGAAGACUUUUGUGUUGUUUUGUAUUUGUAUUGUUUCAGGAAACCCUUCCUGAAAAUUGGUUUUUUUUUUUCUUGUCUACGCAGGAUAGAAACAAGAUGGGAGAUUCAGUACCUCUAAAACUAGCACUGCCAGAGCUGAAGUAUCCUAUUGGUUCACAGCCAAGGGAAAAGUCAGCAAUCAACCAAUACUCCGGCUCAGAGUAUAUCUCUAUUGUCAAAAGCAUCCUAAAACCAGAUGAGAUGAUGAGAGUCCGGGGAUCAUUUCUGGGACCUAUAAUGAAGCUCAGUGAGAGAGGAUUGAAGUUAUCAGGAAAGAUAGUCUACGCCAUUCUCACUAGAAGCAUCGUUUCUGUCAAGGAGAAUGAAGCCUGGUUCCAUUUCGGUGCGCAGCCAAUGAGGUUCUCUAUAAGAGAAUUUCAUAUGAUGACAGGCUUGAAAUGUAGUGGUGCAUUAGAAGGACCACGAAGGGAACCCGAGAGAUUUAAUUGGGAAUUGCUAAAGGGGCGUAGUCAUAAGUUAAGUGACGUGGUGGACCAGCUCAGAAACACAAGAGAAGAUGCUUCUGAGGAGAGAGUAUGCCUCGCAAUGCUCAUCCUGGUAGAGAGCAUAUUAUUGCGGAAGAGCAAAGGAGGGAGUUUUCCUUUGGAAUAUGCGAAAAAUGCACAGGAUAUGACAUAUCCAUGGGGAAAAGAGGCUUACAUUGUGCUCCUGAAGUCAAUUCAAAACGCUGUCGCGAAUCAUUUGGAGAAUAAAUCCAAAUUUGAGUUGCAAGGUUAUCCUCUAGUAUUCCUUCUUUGGAUACUAGAGUCGAUUCCUUUGCUAAGGAAUAAGUUCAGUAAGUGUGUACCAACAGUUGAGGUUCCUGGGCCGACUUACUUGUGUGAAAAAUACACUGAGAUAGAGAAUCCAUCACUUGAUAGGGUUUUACAGGUUGAAGCUGAUACAAAGCUGAAGGUCCAUUGCAUACUACCUUCUAUUCCUCAUGAUCCAGAAGAUGAUAUCUCCAUUGAAGACAAAUAUAGUGACGAGUUGGAAACAGUGAAAGAUGUAACAAAGAAAGGGUACAAGAUUACAGCCGAUGACUGGGAAAAUAGGUGUGUAGACACAUUUGACACAUUGGAUGCUCUUAUUCAAAUGAUGGCAAAUAAGGAGACUGGCCAAGCUUCUACUCCGAUUGAUGAGGAUUCAGUAAAUGAAAAAGUGAACAGGAUCAUCACGGUAAUGGAGGAGAAUCUGAAGAGCAUGAAGGAUCGAAUGUCAUUACUGGAAGAAGAAAACAUACAUCUUAGAGCUCGUGUGUCAGAGUUGGAAGGAAACAGCAAUGUUUUUCCCACUAACGUGACACAAAAGCGAUCCAGUGGGACAUCUUUAUCUCCAAUGUCUCACACGCAACCAUCCAGUGGGACACCUUUAUCUCCAAUGUCUCACACGCAACCAUCGAGUGAGACACCUUUAUCUCCAAUGUCUCAACAGCCUAAUUUGACACAUGAGGAGACAAUGAUUGAAUCAGCUGCAUCUCCAAAGUCUCAACAAAAUGAGGAUUACACGCAAUCAUCGAGUGAGACGCCUUUAUCUCCAAUGUCUCAACAGCCUAAUUUGACAAAUGAGGACACAAUGAAUGAAUCAGAUGAUGAAACUCCUGCCCUUGAUACUCAAGUAUUCUCUCCUAAUCUGACAAAAGAGAGGGAAACACAAACCUCUACUGAUGAAACGCCACCCAAAACUAAUCAAGGAGAAGGAAAACCAGAUGAUGAGAUUGUGAUUGAGUCACCUGCUGCUCAGACUCAAGUUUUGCAAAAAGAAACACUGGAAAUGAAUGAGACACCUUCUUCUCCAAUAUCUCCAAAGAGUAUUGAGGCUCAAGUUUUUACUCCAAUUCAGAAACAGCAGACGGUAACAGAGGAAACGUAUGAGGCUACACAGCCAUUGACUGAGAUCAUUUCAGCAAACAAUAAAAAGGAGGAUACACAUGCUGUGCAUUACAGACCUUCCUCUCCAUUGUCUUCACUAAUUGCACUAGUUAUUGAAGAAAAUAAGAAUGCUUUGAGUGAGACAGAAACUGCGACCCAAUAUUUUUCUACAAGUGAAGGAGAGCAUUCACAAUCAAGCAGGAAGAAUCAAGAAGAAGAAUAUCUCAAGGAUACUACAGAAGCUACUACUGAGCUAGUUUCCACAGAUGUUUCGAAGACACAGCCUCUUACUCCGCAAACACAGCACCUUCAGACAAGUGAGGGAGAUCAAUCCGAUGAGACACCAUCAGAGCAGAAUCAAGCAGAAGAAAAUCUCAAGGAUACUACAGAACCUACUACUGAGCUAGUUUCCACAGAUGUUUCGAAGAUGCCGCCUAUUACUCAGCAAACAGAGCAUCUUCAGACAAGUGCUAUAGAUUUUUCAGAAACAAACGAGGUUGAAGUAAGCAGGCUUCUAGCUCACUUUCAAAUAGGCGCAGAGGUUGAGAUUUUGUCUACUGAUGACGAAAUAUGGUAUCCAGGAAAGGUUGUUGAUCUUAAACUGUGUGAAGGACUAGAGGAGCUGACAGUUGAGUACACGACACUCUUCACAGACCAACAUAGACUUCAGAAACUUCAGGAUACUAUCACGGCUGACAAAAUACGUCCUGCAACACCAACUAGUGACCAAAAAUCCUUUGAGAUGAUGGAUAAGGUAGAAGCCUUCUACAACAAUGGCUGGAGCAGCGGACAAAUUAGCAUGGUACUUGGUGAUAACACAUACUCGGUGUGUCUCUAUACUUCUAUGGAAACUAUUCUAUUCAAACAUUCAGAUUUGCGAAUUCAUAGAGAAUGGAAAGAUGGAGUCUGGAAGAUGGCAGAUAAGGUGAAGCCUGAUAAGAAAAGGAAAGCUGCUGCCUCAUCACAAAAUUCAGGAAUGGAUAAUGUUUUCCUAAGAAGGAGCGAGAGGGUGCCUAAACGAUCUAGAGACACAAAAACUCCAUUCAAGUCUGACAGAAAUCCGGCUUUAACUGUAAUACCUGAGAUUAUACCUGCAGUUGAUCCGUUUUCAACUCCUGCGGAACAUAAGCUUUCAAGGCUUCAAAAUUGGAUGACAUUAAAGCCCGGCAUGCAUGAAACGUCCCUAUCAAUCAAUGAUAAUAAGAUAAGGAAAUCUUUCUUUCAAAGCAUGGAAAAUGCAAAAAAGGACCUUAAGAAAGAGCACAUUGAUGGAGCCUUUGCAAUGCUAAAUUGCAGAAGAAAUGAGAAUGCUGCUUGGUUCCACAACUACAAGAUUCCAAAGGCGUGCUUCCUACCUAUGGAGUUCUUGCAUUGCUUGCUCUCUGAUGAUUUGGCUUACAAAAAAAAAAGGUCAAAGGUAAAAAGAUUUUCAACGAUUUAUUUAAAGAUACUGUGAGAGGGAAGGUAUAUCCAGAGAAGACAUGGGGAGAAGAUGUUGAUGUUGUGUAUGGGAUUACUCUUGGAAAAAAAAGCAAUGUCUGGAUUGGGAUGGAAAUUCAUUUGAAGAAGAAAAGAAUCACAGUAUAUGAUUGUUUUCAAAAGGAAAGCAACAGCAUUGAUAUUCCUCAAGUGAAAAAGUUGGCAGUGUUGAUUUCUAAUCUGCUGGUGGAAUCUUCUGGUGAUGAGGUAGAUAAGGUGAAGAUGAUUCCAUUUGAGAUUGAGCAGGCACAAGGUUUACCCAAGACAAAACAUCCUUUCAACUGUGGGAUAUUUCUUGUCAAGAUUCUGGAGUGCCAGUCAUUGAAGAUAGGAGACAUGACAAAGAUUAAUGAUGACAAUGCAUUGGAGCUAAGGAGAACCUUGUCUUGUGAGAUCUUCAACCAAUUUGUGGAUGAGAGCUUUGGGAAAUGAGAAUGAUGCAUGAAAACAUUUUUUGUUUUAGUUAAGACUCGGUUUUAGUUAUGACUGUUUAUUUUGUUAUGUUGUUGGCGUCUGGUUACAUAAGAAAGAUUGGAAAGGAUAUCAAGUAUUUUAUUUGGGUAUCAUAUAUCUUGGAAGGUUAAAAUAAUGUUUCUGGAUGGGUUUCCAGAAAAAAAGUUAAGUGUUUCAAAUGUAAAAAAGAAUGAAAUGAGAUUAUAUACUAAGGAUUGGACAUGUAUAUGGUAAGCUUAAAAUUGUGAUGUUUACAGACAACAAAAAUUUAGAACCACAAAGGAUCGAACCCAGAGGGAGAGAGUCUGCGUAUUUGGAUAGUGUGGGAGUUUAGCCAAUAGGCCAAGAAGAAUCAUCUGUUAAUGGAUUACA